AUGACAAGAAAGAAGAAGGGCCUACCCGGCUUCACCGUCGCUAGGAAGAAGCAGUCACCACCGUGCCAAAGCCAUCCUCCAUUGUCACAUGUGUCGUCGGCAACAUCGGAUCUAAAGCAGCGAAGGAGGAGCGUCGGUGUCAGUCGGCCGACGCCCGCCUCCGACGCGUCAGCGCCGCCCGCGCCGCUCCUCCCGCUCGCCGAGGCCCGGGCGCGGCUGCGAAUCGCGGCCCUGCUGCUGAGCUCCCGCUCCGGGGGGCUCACCGACGCCAAGUCCCACCUAGAGCGCGCCCACCCCCUCCUCUCCCCGCACCCCUCAGAUCCGCCCCGGCUCAAGCUCCUCGCCCACUCCCUCCUCGCCACCGCCUACGGCGUCCUCGGCGCCGUCCCCUCGCAGAAGAACGUGCUCCGCCGCGGCCUGGGGCUCCUCGCCUCCGCCUCCGCGUCGGGCCUCCUCGCCCGUGGCCCGGCCCUCCUCGGGACCUGCAACUUCCAGACGCAGCUCGCCUCCGCGCUCGCCGUAGAUGGGGACGCCGCCUCCGCGCUCUCCACGCUGUCCGCCGGCGCCUCCGCCGCCGCGGAGCUCGGGAGCCCCCAGCUCGAGCUCUUCUUCGCCGCCACCGGCCUCCACGUCCACCUCCUCUGCUGGGAGGACAACGCCGCCGUUGAGGCCGCCGUCACGCGCGCCUCCGGCCUCUGGGAAGCACUCCCCGCCGACCAGAAGGAGCAGUGGACUGGGUUGUUCUUCUACACAGAGCUGCUUCAGACCUUCUACCUGUUGAGGACAUGUGACUACAAGGCUGCCUCGCAGCAUGUGGAGCGGCUAGACACUGCCGCGAAGGACGAGAUGCAGAAAGGCCAGCGGGUUCAGGAGCUUGCUGCUGAGCUCGGCACGGUGGAGAGAACGCUAGCGCAACCAGGGUUGAAGGAGAGGGAGAGGUCGGCGCUAACGCACAAGCAGAGGCAGCUCAAGUAUCAGCUGCAAACAUUGUGUGGCUAUGACAAACUGAAUGAUGUGUUGGAUUACGGGGAUAAGUUGCUGUUGGCACCGCCGCCGAUGCAUGGGGAGUGGCUCCCACGGGCUGCGGUGUUUGUGCUGGUGGAUCUCAUGGUUGUCAUGGUGAGCCGGCCAAAAGGAAUAUUUAAGGAGUGCGGAAAGAGAAUUCAUUCAGGACUGGAGCUCAUUCGUGGGGAACUCUCGAAGCUUGGGAUUGUGGAUGGUGUGACAGAGGCAAAUUUGGAACACUCUACAAUAUGGACAGCUGGCCUGUAUUUGAUGCUUUUACUCCAAUUUUUGGAAAAUAAAGUUGCUGUGGAACUCACGAGAUCAGAAUUCGUUGAAGCCCAAGAGGCUUUAGCUCAGAUGAUAAACUGGUUUACUCGUUUCCCAACAAUUCUCCGAGGUUGUGAAAACACAAUCGAAAUGCUAAGGGGACAAUAUGCACACUCUGUCGGCUGCUUUGAUGAGGCCGCUUUCCAUUUCCUUGAAGCAGCAAGGCUGACGGAUAGCAGAUCAAUGCAAUCUAUGUGCCAAGUAUAUGCAUCAGUAUCCUACAUUUGCAUGGGUGAUGCAGAAUCAACUUCACAGGCACUAGAAUUGGUUGGUCCUGCUUAUAGAACCAUGGACUCAUUUGUUGGCGUGAGAGAGAAGACCUGUAUAAUUUUUGUUUAUGGACUUUUACUUAUGAGACAGCAGAAUCCACAAGAAGCAAGGCUUCGCCUUGCUGGUGGUUUGAGAAUAGCACACCAACAGUUGGGUAAUAUCCAAUUGGUUUCUCAGUAUUUAACAAUAUUGGGUACAUUAGCACUUCAAUUACAUGACUGUGGACAGGCCAGAGAGAUCUUGAAGUCAUCACUGACAUUAGCUAAAACACUUUAUGACAUCCCAACCCAAAUUUGGAUCUUGUCAGUAUUUACAGAGUUAUAUCGAGAAUUGAAAGAAAGGGAAAAUGAAAUGGAAAACUCUGAGUAUGAAAGGAAGAAAGAAGAUGAUCUGCAAAGAAGGCUUUCGGAAGCCCAUUCUAGUCCAUUUCACCAGGAGCUGGUGGAGAAGACCAGAAUCCAAGUUCAGCAGCUGCACAACUUCUCAAGGGAGCAGCAGGGGAUGCCUGGCCCGACAACGGCGAAGGCCGACCUCGACAUCCCCGAGUCGGUAGGGCUGUACGCUGCCCAGCCUUCUUCUGUCAAGAGGCUGAUCGAACCGAGCUCGGUGCGACGCAGUAGCAGGAGGCGGCUAUCCUGACAAAAAUCCUGACCUGAUGUCUGGGGUGCGUGCCCAUCAAAUGGGGGCAAUGGAGCAGCAGCAUGCUCACAUACCAAAUCUCUUGGGAUAUAGCAGCAAUGGAAGAAGAGCUGUGACAUUGUGUGAGGUUGUAGGUGCUGAUUUAUUCCAUUGGUUGUUUAUUUGUAGUUAAUUAUGCAUUAUAGAUUGCUCUGUAAACAGAUUAAGAGGUAGCAAAAGAACCGAGUUGGUAUCGUAUGGGUAGAAACUAGAAAGGAAAACAAAAGGUAGCUGCGGAUUGAAUUCUGUUGGUGAUCAUUUGUAGUUAAACAAUCUAAAGAUUGUGAAGUAAACGGAGGAAGUGAGAGGAAAAAGAUGAGUCGGUUUCAUUGUAUGGCAGUUCAAGGAAUCAAAGGAUAGCUGCGGUCUGAAUGGUAAA